ACUCAAUUAGAAGCUGUUUUGAGUAACACAAGUUAGUAGUAAGUAAGCUUAUAUAAACAAUGGGAACGAGCGAAGACAAGAUGCCAUUUAAGCCUACCAAACCAACGUCUUCGGCUCAGGAAGUUCCUCCCACACCGUAUCCAGAUUGGUCAAAUUCAAUGCAGGCUUAUUAUGGCGGAGGAGGUACUCCAAAUCCUUUUUUCCCAUCCCCAGUUGGAUCUCCAAGUCCUCACGCUUAUAUGUGGGGCGCUCAACACCAUAUGAUGCCGCCUUAUGGGACCCCAGUACCGUACCCAGCAAUGUAUCCCCCGGGAGCAGUCUAUGCUCAUCCUAACAUGCCCAUGCCUCCUAAUUCUGCUCCAACCAACAAGGAGACUGUGAAGGACCAAGCUUCUGGCAAGAAGCCAAAGGGGAGCUCGAAAAAAAAGGGUGAAGGAGGUGACAAAGCGCUCUCUGGUUCAGGGAACGAUGGUGUCUCUCAUAGUGAUGAAAGUGUCACAGCGGGUUCAUCUGAUGAAAAUGAUGACAAUGCCAAUCAACAGGAACAAGGUUCAGUUAGAAAGCCGAGCUUUGGACAGAUGCUUGCGGACGCAAGUUCUCAAAGUACUACUGGUGAAAUCCAAGGUUCGGUGCCCAUGAAGCCGGUAGCCCCAGGGACUAAUCUGAAUAUCGGGAUGGACUUAUGGUCUUCCCAAGCUGGUGUACCUGUGAAGGAUGAACGAGAGCUCAAGAGGCAGAAGAGGAAACAGUCUAACCGUGAAUCCGCUAGGCGGUCUAGAUUGCGGAAGCAGGCGGAAUGCGAACAACUUCAACAGAGAGUAGAGAGUUUGUCGAACGAGAAUCAAAGCCUGAGAGAUGAGCUACAAAGACUCUCAAGCGAAUGUGAAAAGCUCAAGUCUGAGAACAACUCAAUCCAGGAUGAGUUGCAGAGAGUGCUUGGAGCAGAGGCUGUAGCUAAUCUAGAGCAGAAUGCUGCUGGGUCGAAAGAUGGUGAAGGAAAAAAUUAACACGUAGGAAACAUGGAAUUUUAUAACGGAUUAUUGUGAUUUU